ACCCCGCCCCCGCCCCAUGGCUCCUCCUCCUCAUCUUUGAGGAAGUGUUGCUUAGCAACAUGACACAAACCUUUCUGACCAGCUUAGUAGCUGGAACACAUGUAAACAUCUGGCUAUACAUUCGCAUCAGCAAGGCAGAAUGAAUCGUGCACGAGCUUUGGAGGGCGCGGGCUGUGUCACCUGGUGGGGCUUCAGCCCUGCGCGAGACCUGCUUUCAUCAGGUCCAGUGAGACAGGAGGGGGAGGUGAGGAUGUUGCUGAUAGGCAGUGCAGACCCACGGCACAUAAUGAAGACCGUAGCAGGACUGAAAGAUACUGAUUCCCUCCAUAUCUGGGUGCUGGAGAGCAGCGUAGGGGUGGUGGCUCGCCAGCUGCUCCUGCUAGCCGUGUGCCUGGUCCCCCCAGAGAGCAUGGGCUUCCACGAGAAGACGGAGGUGUUUCUGGAGCUGUUCGGGAACAGCGAGGUCCGCAGCCAGACGGACGUCACACUGAGACACCUGGCGGCGCAACUUAGCCUCUCUGUCAGCAACAGACAAGAAGAUCCGCACUCCUGUCUGAACACCUCACAUCUUAAAUUCAAGGAGAUCGACGAGCUGCUCUGGAUCUUCAAUCAGUGGACCAAGCCUGCCUCGCCCUCCCCCCGUGACCCCCACGACUCUUGUGACCCCCGUGACCCCUCGCCCAUGUCCCGGGCCUGGGACGGCCGGGUCCGGCAGCACCUGGGGGUCCGCUACGACUCCCGGAGGGGCUGCUUCGACUGGGACCUCACCAUGAAGCUGCACCAGAAAGGGUGUGGGGUCAUUAACAACCAUCACUACGCCCGAUGGAGGGAAAGAGGCGUGGCUUUCGAGAUGAGGGAAGGUGUCUACCAAACGACCAAUCAGAGCCUGCUCUCCACUAGAGUUUUCUCUAAAGGAGGAGAGAAGGUGCCGGUGCGGGGAUACUGGGGAGACAUCGUCUCCAGCCCCUACCUCUGCUUCGGCAUCGAGAGUGACGAUGACAAGCUGCUGCAGAAGCAGAAUGGGAACCACGUCAAGACAGCUCAGGAUGUGUCCUAUGCGAACGUGCAGUCGCUGUUGCAGUCUCUGGCCACUAGAGGGCGCUCUCCUCUGGCUCCUCAGUCCGGACCUGAGCCGGCUGUGACUUCAGAGACGUCGUAUCAAACUGAGACGACUCACAGAUCAGACGUCUACGAGCCGCUGCAGCUGGACCGGGUCUCUGUCAGCUUCCUACCUCUGGACUCUCUCUCCAAGCUGCCAGACAAACACAGCUACGCCCAGCUCUUCAACACCAUCUACUGCUCUGCAAGCAUGGUGCACAAUUUGGGUCCAGAGCUAAAGAAGAUUGCAGCACCAAAAUCCGUCCUGGUUGUGGAGUUGGCCAAGUUUCUAUUGGACCUCACCAAGGAGCAGGAGGAGGGGUUUGCUGAAAUGGUCGCUGCCAUUGGUGUACAGGCUGGGUUUGUCCCCGCCCAGGGGGAGGAGUCUGAUGUGUUUGCCACUUUCGCACGACAGGAAGAGUAACAGCGCAACAUCCUGGUAGACACUGAUAUUUAG